GUAAAUUCUAAAUGUCAUGUGUUUAGCAUGAACGUCAAUUUCCCACACAACUUAACUUAUACUCCUCGAAAUUUUGGAAAUUGCUCUGAAGAUCGAAAAUGUCCCAUGAACCGCAGAAGCCCGCCAAGUCAGCAGUGAAGGAGCCUCCGGUUGUGAGCGAGGAGACCAGAACCACGGACAAGUGCCUGGCGGACUUUUGCUUGAAGGGUGGAAGUGGCCUGAUCAUCGGCAGCGCGGUCACCUUGUUCUUCACGCGCCCACAAACCUAUCCCAUUUGGCUGGGACUGGGCGUCGGUAUGGGCGUGGCCUACGACUGCUGCCAGGCCCGCUGGAAUCAACAGUAGUGUUCGAAAGAUCUCUGAGCUUCGAUUAAAUGUGGGCUUCCUCUCGAUAAACGUUCUAGAUACAACAGGGCUUCCGCUUUUGUAAUCAUUUUAAAUAUUCUCGGAAAUUCCCCCCCUCCUAAUUGCUUGUAUUGUAUUAAAGUGCAGAAAAAACCC